AUGACGCGCGUUGUUGGAGAUGGGGUUCUGUCGAGGCCGCCGUUUGCAUUUCUUACGGUGUCGGUAAUUAUCGCCGCACUCGCCACACACGCAUUUGUGGAGGCAUCAGUUGAGGCGACGCCACAUAACCUUUCUGAACUGAAUGAGCAGUUGUUCAAAUCGUCCGAGUUUCUCGUGCCGAAUGUUUCAUCUUCCCCAUGUUCGGUACAUCACGGCUGUCCACAUGCCUCUAUGGUGUGGGCCACAGGAACCUUCACGGCCCCUGACGUACUCACGCCGGCAAGCUUCCUUGUAUCAGCCAACCUCACGCUUCAGUUGAAUUUGUGUUGCGGUUAUAAGUUCAACGGGCGGUUGCUACGGGAACAAUCUCGCUACGAUACUUUCCUGUACGAUCUCUUGCGGUCCACGCCGUUUCAUACCUUAACUCUUGGGGAGAAGCGGAGGAUGUUUCCCCGUGAUAGGGUUGUUAUAUUUGACACUCAGCGACAGCCGCCACACCGUUACGAAAGUUCACAUGUGCCUUCCGCUGAGGAGAUGCAGCGGGGUAAUGAUGGUGAUGGUGACGUAAUUGUGCUUGUGACCGGUGCUGUCGGGCCUGGCAUUCGUCGCGUACCGCUCCAACAGCCGCCAACAACCACUGCGUUAAAUCUCCCCCUUUCGGGUCUCCGUGGGGGCUUUGACAUGCCUCUCGGUUCCCGUACUGGUAAUAGUAGCGUUGGUAGUGGCAGUGCUGUCGAUGGUGCUGUCGGUACGUCCGCCGAUAUCCAGCUCAGGGUCUCUAACGUCGCAAUAAAGUGCAAGUGCCCCCACACGCUGCUUGUAAUGCCUGUGCUUCACGCUCGGCCAGACACACUACCACCAAUAUCUAUAGUUGGGUUGGGAUCGCAUUGUGGUGUGGGACAAAAGCUCCGAAGUGUGACACCCGAAAUGGAUGUUAAAGGGAAGGUCCUUCGUCAGCCUGUUAUACAGUUAGCCAACGGUGGGUGGGCGGCGUCUCUCACUCUACAACCGGCACUGCUUCCAGCAACACUCGUGCAUUGGAUUAUCACAGAUACCACUGCAGUAACAGGGGCAGCCAAUGCUGUACUUAAUGUCUCCCUGUAUACCGCACUAAGAGAGGAGGUGGAAGGCUCUGGAAUGGUUCAACCACAGAUAACCACCAGCGGCUACUUCAGUGUCAUACCGCACCAUACUUACAACGUGAUGGUAACAGUUUCUCGUGGCGCUGCCACGCAAACCUUAAGCGGCCUUUUCGUUUUACGGUUGCCUCUUACACUGGAAGGCAAAGCAGCGCAGUUUUCUAACGUUACACAACCUCACUUUGGCGUCGGCCGGCGCUUGCGUCUUUCACGCAUCACGCGUGAAAGAGAAGAGCUGAAACAAGCGUUUGCCAUGCUACCUGAUGAAGGGCGCCCAUCCCAUACCGGGUAUUGGAUCCGUACACAAACCAGCGAUGAGGUGCGUGGGAGCGAUGGUUCACCACCCCAUGUACCCCACAACCCAUUCUCCGAAGCGUUUGUUUGGUACCCGCUUACCGUUGGCCGCAACGUACUGUCGUACUACGUGCGUGACAUGGACGAGGUGUGUGAGCCGGUGCUACUGGAGAUGCAGGAGUUGUGGGCGGUCCAGGCAUUGCUACUGGAGCCGGUCACUUCUCCAGUUACAGUUUGUGAUGACAGGAUUUCGCUAGAGGCGUUUGAGCUUAGAGGGCUGUUAGAGACGAUGCGGUCUCGGCAGCGGAUGCUUAUACGUCUCGCGGGGGAUUUGCCAUGGGAAGAUUUGGCCCGGUCGGGUGGUACACAGGAGGUUGUAGAGGGGCACUUUAAGUGCACUGAAAGCGGCGUUGGCCCCUGUCGGAUCGCUACGGGAAUGGGAGGCAGCCACUUCGGUGUAUUGCAGAUGUUGAAGCGGGGGGUAGCGGAGCUGAUGUGGGUCGUGCGUGUUGAAGUGGAUACUUCAUAUCUACAGCACAUCGAGCAACUGCGGCAACGUCAGGGAAGUGAUGUUGUUGAUGAUGACAAUGAUAAUGAGGGACCAUUUGGAGGCUUUCUCGAUCCCUCGCUUUCACGUGUUAUCUCUUCUGAUGGGAGGCUCACAGUUAUUGAGGUACGCUCGCCGUCGGUCCUCAUUGUGCGCCGAAUGUCUGCUUUGCCUAGAAGGGUUGACGUCAAACUACCGAUGCAUGAACGUCGGUUGACCGUUCGUCCUCCGCAUCCUGUAAUUGGUCAGCAUGAGGAAAGCUUAGAUGAGAGGGAUAAAGACACAGAUAUACAGAUUACGGGCCGGUGGGUUGUCAACCCUCCAAUCAGCUUGAUAUCCGUCGACGAGACUUACGCCGCGGAACUGAACACAUCCGCUGUACCCAACAUUCGGCAAGUGCUACCAGAGGGGACGCUACAGUUCAUAGCGGAGGAUCCGGGAGAAGCGGUGCAGGAUAAGUUACUAGCUGCCCCUUAUACAUCACGCUGUCCCCCACGCGUUGUAGAGUACAUUGUUUCUCUCGUUGCCGUCCCUGCACCACCUGUCGCGCCAGAGUUCGUGCCGGUGUACACGGAGGACGGUUGUGUUGCGCUGUCACCGCCACGGGAACCACAGAAGGAUGAGGAGGUUCGCUGGGACAUCCGCCCCUGCCAAGAGGCCUCAGCUCCACCAUAUUUCUCCAAGGAAAAACAGAAAGUAGAUUUGACGAAGGGGUAUAAUGGCUCGGCUGAUGCUUUAGUGGUUGUAUGUGGUGUCGAGGUGGACCGGUGGUGUGAAGCCAUGUGGAGUGCACGCAAUUUGGUGGGGAGUGUUACACAAACGUUUUCGCUGCGACGCUGUCAGCGACCACCACAUCUGCUGUUUCAUAAAUUCAGCGGUGGGGAUAGACGUGGUAGUGGGUCACCCAUUGAUACGCUUGCGUUGCCUUCUGUGGAGUGGCUGGAUGGUGGUAUCACAACAGGCGAUGAGAGCCAACAUACCGUUACUCGCAGUGGCGACAACAGUAACACCACUGACGAAACUAUGGUGCAUCACGAGGCACAACCGCGUUAUUUCGCGCGUCGCGUCAUCCCUAUCGCAGGGUACGCUGCUGCGGUUCACUACACUUUCAACUAUUCCGGUUCACAAGGAGAUUACGAGGUGGAUUUCGCUUACGAACAUGAUGCUGCCCAUCAGCUGCACGUGACGGCAAGUCACUUUGCACGGACAGGGCUUGCGGUAAGUGACGAUAGAAGUGGGAAGAGUGACGAACCCAAUACCUUCACCGAUCCCGACGAUAGCGCCGCUGCCACCACUGCUGGACCGUUGCUGCUUCGCCGCUUCGUCCGCCCACCCACUGUUGGUGUCAGUGGCUCGCACGAACACGGCUCCAAUGGGAAGGAUAACAAUGAAGGUAUAUUUAGUGACGAAGCAGCGUACUGGGAGAUGGAAAGACACCACCGCGAUUACAACAUUGAUCGUGAAUGUGAUGCCCGCUUUUCACACAACAACUCGCAGACAGGACAAUAUAUGCAGCUUCAUGGGCUCAGUAACAGCUCGAACUACCCGUUUCAGUAUAAUGUACGACUGUCUUUAGCUGCCGUUGCCGCAGCGGCUGAACUGCCUUCUCGGAAGGGCGCUGCUGCAGAGUUUGCGCGCCGUGGAAUGUGUCUUUCGCGGCCCGGGAAUAUUUCGUUUCUUGCCCUCAACCCACGUGGUUUGGUGGAUGUGAUUGGUGUGCGCGACAUCGCGUUCUGCGAAUCCACUUUUAACUUUUCUCGUCAUCCGUGGCUCCACACAAAAUACCACUACGACUUUACAUGGACGUGUGAAAAUACUGCUACUGGGCGGUCCAGCACUGACAGCAAUACUGCUGAUGGCGUGAUGAUGGUGGAGAAGCGCAGCCCAACGUUUUCAAUUCUGUAUCAAGGUUCAGCGGGUGCUACUCCGUGCAAACUCACAGUGUACAAUGCACUAACCGAAACUUUGGAGUCCGAGACAUUUAUGCUAAAGCGUGUACAUCCGGCGCCCGUAACUUUGAACUUCAGUGUGUUGAGCGACAAUUGGGCCCCUGGUAACUGCCCGAUGCGGCGCUCUGGACGACAGAGUAAUUCCUUUGGGUCCCAAUCACGCACAACAGCAGGAAAAGAAGGUGGAGAACCGCUGGGUAAGCACCAAAGCUCGGCAGCCGGAAUGAGAACACAUUGGAUUGUAGGGAAGCGUGCCGUUUUGCAUGUUGACGCUCCAGCUGAUGGUCGCACAUCGCAGUGGCGGGCAGUUACUGUCGUGCCGGCGGAAACCACCUCAGUCGGUACGCAGCGGCUUUUGGAUUCGAUACAGAUUAUCCCGCUGCGUCAACCGCACCCCCGUGCGAUCCUUCGCGGUGCCGGUGGUGCGACUGUCCUUCUGAAUAACAUUCGAGUUCCAGGAAUGUACACGUUGUCUCACCAGCACCUUGAUCCUGUCCAUCCCAACGUGUGCCCCAACGUCACCGUCACCGAAACUUUGCAUGUGACACACGCACGAGUGUUGGAGAAUGAGUUGACUGUAUGUGGGGACACGGCUGUACUCACCGCGGCCCCACUACCACAAGCCAUUAAUUGUAGCUUUACUACGAGGUGGGAAGUGGUGUCAGUGCAAACGGCGGACAACAUUACGCUGACAGACGAGACGAACUUUAGUGGUAUUAAGUUUGAGGAUGUUAGCAGUCCCCACACUGUGGUGAAGGGGCUUCCGUUUGGUAUUGUCACCGUACGCUGGUCCGUAUAUGCCAGCGCACGCACAACGGAUGACGAUGAACGAAGGCAGAAGGGUCAACCUGGUAUUUUGGUGGAUUAUGACACGGUGCGGCUGCUGGUUUUAACGGAAAACCUUCGCACAACUCGCCUUGUGACAUUGUCGAGUAGUGUUGAGAUGCUCAUCACGGGCUCAACAUUAGGCUGGGUGCUCGUAGAGCCCGCUGACCGUAGGGCGUCAGCUUUACUGUCAGCUCGCGAUCCAACCUUACGAGUCGGUCGCGUCUAUAAAAAUCAGACUACAAGCGGUAUUGGUGGCGGAGGGAACAAUAGUGGAAGGUCGGAAGAUGCACCGGAGGAGACAGCCUUAUUCGUGGGGAAUCUUCCGGUUGGCACCACCCAUUUGCAGUAUGAGCUUCACGCAUCACCUCGGUUGUUUGGGGCUAUGCUGAGGAAACGUUGCCCAUUUGUACAACAGCGACUGCUGACAAUUGAGCGUGUUUCUGCAUUUCUCUCAGUGAAUACCACACUAGAUCACGAAUGCGACGCGUACUCUGGACGCGGUCGCUUUUCUAUCUGCCUUCAUGCGGAAGGUAUUAAACCAGCAAGCUCCUCUAAUGCUGUAGCGGCCCAGGAGAAGCCCUCGUCGUCGAAUUUGGGUGUGCACCUUGUCGCACCCGGUGACUUUGAGAAUUCUAUUAAGAGUAGUGCUGAGCGGCUUACGGCCAGUGGCUGCUCGUUACCAUGGUGGGUUGCACGCACCACGCGCUGGUCCGACAUCAAGGUUGAUAACUCAAGACAGUGCAUUUCCUUUACUGUCAUAGCAACAGAACAUCACUUGCAGUCGAAAGAGGUAUCGCAUCACCUUUUCCUCGCCCAGGAGCACCUCAGCAUGUCACAACCAUGCCAUCACACUGGGGGGGAUUUUGUACCGAGCGAAGUGAUUGAGGGGGCUUCUACCUGGAGCGUUGGUGGGUCGGCUGAGGAUUCGUCAUGGUUUCGCUUCCGCUCCCGUCCUGCUGCUGAGGCAUCUGAUGGGCUGUCAAAAUUUUUGCCUUUUAUGAACCCCUCCACCCUCGUGCGUGAGGAUCGGGCAAUGCGGCCAUUGCUUGGUCAGCUGGGCGUUGCUGAUAUUGUUGCCUCCGAGUUGGAUAUUAGUGAAAGGACGUAUAUGCACUGGGAGAGGAGCAAUGCGACAGACAGGGGGGCGGGAAUGAAGAAUGGUAGCAGGUCGGUGGACGUCGUCUUUCACUUGGACCGAAGUCAGCCAGGGCGCAUGGCGAGUUUUCUUCACGCCACGUCUUCACAUCCAUAUGCUGGUCAAAAGGGAGAAGGUAGUCACGAUCACCAUCAGGAGCGGGAGGUGAUGGAGAGCUUCCUUGCCAAAUGUGUCCGUGGUACACUGCGCGGGUCGGAGGUGCUUACGUAUUGGACUGAGGUCAACCAUCCUGACGGGGCCGCGGGGGGGACUGCCCCCGAGUGGGAAGAGUACGUUCGCCACGUGGGCGGCGCUGAGGUGACAUGCGAACCACUUUUUGCUUCGCUCGAGCAGCUUCUUAGACUUCCUGAUGAUACGGAAUCCACUCUGCGUUCUCGGCGUGCCAGCUUCGUUCCUUCGAAGGAACAGAAGUUUGUGUCUCAGGAGGUGGUCGAACAGCAACUAAAAGCGCUACGAGAGGAAUUCCGUCUCACGCGUGAGGGUAUUGACGUGACGGGGUUGCGACCAGAAGUGCAGCAGGCGCUCGCCCGCCGAAGAAUAACAAAGAGUCAACUUGAUGAGAUCGAAAAAGCACGACGGGAAAAGGCUGAAAAAGAUCGGCAGCAUGCUCAGCAGCAACAACAACUGGUGCUCACUGCGGCAACUGCUGCCAUGACAGCGGAGGAGCGCUUCGUGGCCGCUGCACGUUUGUACGAGGGCGUAACGGGUGAGGGUGUGUACGCCAUCCGAGUUAAGUUACCUUACUACGCUUCAUUCUCGGUUCCCCACAACUUAUUUCUUCGGACGGCUCUACACAAGGAUUUGAUAUGUGGAACAAACAUUUCAGUCACAUCCACUGCGCCCGCUUCGCUCGUGCUGUUUUCCCGUGUUGAGGUAAUGGACGAACCGCCAGCGGUGGGGGCGUCGCCACCAGCGAUUAAGCAGUGCGAGGUUGAGGGGCGAGUUCCGACCAUUUUUAUUAAUGUAAGCGGCACAAGGUUCGUUAGUGGAGGCGCGUUUCCUCCGCAGAAUGUUUUGUUAGAGGAGCUGCAGAAUCCUGAUGUCAUAGAGGAGGGCGGUGGCCCAGAGGGCUCUACGGCAGGCGUGGGCCUCGCCUCUUGUUUGGCACAGAUGCGUGCCGGGAUGGAUGUGAGCGUUGAUUCUGCGACACGCAAGCAUUUGCGGCUGCAGCUGUCUCCUUGCCCUUCGUUUCAGAUGCUGAGUCCGAUUGAGUACAACGAGCAGCAGGAAAGUGGGCAGCUGUUGAAGCGGCUUCAACUUCCCCGACUGCUCCGCAUCACAAUGCGUGAUGCCCUUGUACAAGAUAGUCACACCCAAGGGCGGACCACUAUUUCGUUUGUGGUGGAGGUUCGACCUACGUUGGCGCUGCUGCACCUGCGAUCACUACCCUCUCAAGGUGAUUCCCUUCCGGUGGUUUGGGCGGCAACGGGAAGGAAACGCCCCCUGCUAUUGUGUGAGGCUGAUAUGCGACGUAAAGGCGUGGAGCUCGGUGUUGAACUCAUUGGGGACACUUGGAACGAACACGUGGGUGAAGAUGAAGAGGGUGCUGCCAAUCCGGGUGACUACGGUUACAGUUCUGAUGAUUACGAUGCUGAUGAUGACAGUAAUGCACCAAUCGUCGAAGGAUCGGGCGGAUGGGCUGUUGUUAAUGCUGGGUCUUCGUUGAACACGAGACGGUUGCGACCGGGGCAAAGCGAGGGACGGAGCCGUGCGGGCGUUGGAAAGCGCAAGCGUUCUCCACAUAGUGUGGCGUUACUGAACAGUUUCAGCAUUGUGGAGCAUCACAGUUUUGACAGUGUCCACCACCUGUUUCUGCAGCAAGGUGGCGUUUACCGUUCCCAUUUUGUCAGUUACUUUUUCUCUGAGGUUCUUAAGGACCCCGGGAACGGACAACAACAGCGGCUCAUCUAUCGCUACAAUGACACAUUCAUCGGUGUACGCAUUACUUCUGAGCGAAACAUGCAGAAGGAUACAUUGAGCAGCGGAACGCAUGACAAGUAUUACAUGGGUGCUUCGCUUGUAGUGGACGAUGGUACCAACUUGCUUCCCCCAAUUCGUCCCUUCAGUACUAUUGAGGAGAUUCUCUUCGCUGUUCCUGGCAUAGCCACAGAGUGCCAAGGCUGUCUACUUGCCGACAGCACAUUCUUUGUUGCGGGUGAUCUCACUGGUCUGUGGUCGUCGCCAUCCAUGCUACAAACACGGUAUUUGCAGUCGUCACAGCCUGCUAGGUCUACGUUCUCUGCCCCGCUUCGGAUCCCAUUCUAUGACGCGGCGGUUGUGCCUCGUGAGUGGCGCUUCACGACCAUGUGCCCUACCGCUGCUUUAGUGGCUCUCCGCUCCCUAUGGCAUAGUUGGAAUAACCAGGGCGUUCAACCCUUCUUGGUUAUGGAGCUGGUGGUGUAUAGUUUGCGUGAUAUGCUUGGUGGGGAGGUACCGCUCGCGCGUCGGCCUGCCGCCAUACUCACCAGCGUUUCCGUGCCUUUAGGGCAUCUGCUGAAGCAAACGCAUGUUAAAACGGCACAGGGGGAGGAGAUGAUACCGGAGAUUAUGUUUAACGUUAACACGUCUGCGGCGGCUCGGGCUUACGCGAUGAUGGCAGCCGAUUUUGUUCGUUACGGCCGGGCGCACGUACAUAGCGUGCACGAUUACGUACGUGAUGAGCCCCAAAGCGGCGGAGCGCUCGCAGUGAAUGGUUCCGUGUUCCUGAAAGUAUGUGUUCCUGCCAUUCCACACUCGUCAACGAGGGGAGAUGGGACCCCUUCGCAGGUAAACCUCGACCCGCAGUGUUCCGUAGUCAGUUUUACUCACAGCCUUCUUCUUAUGGAAGAGCCGUAUGCUGGGGCUCCGUACGCGAGUUGGUAUCGAAUCUUGUGGGGGCUCAUAUAUUACCCACUGCUUCUUUUACAUCAUGUGGUUACAGCUGUUGUGGGCUACGCUGCGCUUCAGCAAUUGCCAGUGAGACGUUUGCUCCUUCUCCGCAGUCCGCAGGACCUUCAUACGGCAAGCAUAGGACUAACUACCAUGUUGUUUGUGGCUUUACUGUUCUUGUGCCCGUUAGUGGAAUGGCUCUGGGUGUCAUUGGUUCUCUCGUUGUGGGCAUUUGUGCUGUAUCAUGAGCGGCGGUUGGCAACUGCCAUUGUAAUGAUUAUACACGGGCUUCUGUGGACCUUCAUUUUGUAG